CAACGGAGCAAGGUUCGUGGUCCUCUGUCAGCGAGUUCGGACCUACACUUGCUAUCCGUGCUUGUCUGCUAUAGAGCCGAGUGCUAUCGCUAUUUGCUUGUUUUCGGCAAACUUCACACUUUCGGAUUUAUAAGUAAGUUGACUUUUUCUAGCUCGAUAUGGUUAAAGACACAGACGUCAAUUCCUCUCUGAGUAAACGGGCGAUGGGUGGUAAAAACAUCUACGAUCCUGUCGAUGUGGCCACAUCGAACGGUCAUGCACCCGUGGGCGAAGGUGGGAAUACUGAAUCUGAGAGUUGCGAACAAUUAACAAUGAAACCUCAGAUAAGUUUGAUGAGCGGCUGCAACAUCAUCAUCGGUACAAUUAUCGGGUCGGGUAUAUUUAUCUCACCCGUUGGCGUGGUCAAGUUUACCGGCUCCGUCGGCCUGUCGAUCAUAGUGUGGGCGGGCUGCGGACUAUUCUCCAUGGUAGGGGCGCUUUGCUACGCGGAGUUGGGGACAUCGAUCACAAAGUCGGGUGGAGAUUACGCAUACAUUUUGGAAGCCUUCGGUGAACUACCUGCAUUUCUCCUACUUUGGAUAACGCUAAUUAUCAUAAGGCCAACGUCUCAAGCCAUCGUUGCCAUCGUAUUCGCCACCUAUUUCUUGCAACCCUUUUUCCCGCAAGAAGGAUGUUCACCACCGGAAGAAGCUGUCGCCUUACUUGCAGCAAUUUGUCUUUGCAUAUUGACCUACGUAAAUUGCGUGAGUGUCCGUUGGUCAACUAGAGUACAAGACGUGUUCACUGCCUCAAAAGUGUUCGCUUUGAUAUUAAUUAUCAUCACCGGUCUGGUUCAAAUAGGAAAAGGAAACACUGCAAAUUUCGAGGAUGGAUUUGCGGGUUCAACCACCGAUGUUGGAGAUAUUGUAUUGGCAUUCUACUCUGGUCUGUUUGCUUUUGGAGGAUGGAAUUACUUGAACUUUGUUACUGAGGAGUUGAAAGAUCCACAAAAGAACCUUCCUCGUGCUAUCGUGAUUUCCAUUCUAUUGGUUACGGUGAUCUACGUUCUUACCAACAUUGCAUAUUUUGCUGUCCUCUCACCAGAGCAGAUGCAGAACAGCCCUGCAGUUGCUGUGACUUUUGGUAAUUGGACCCUUGGUGUUAUGGCCUGGUGUAUACCUGUAUUUGUUGGAUUGUCUACUUUUGGAAGUGUAAAUGGAUCUCUGUUAACUGGAUCAAGAAUUUUCUUUGUAGGUGCACGUGAAAAUCAACUUCCUAAUGUGUUAGCUAUGAUUAAUGUUGGCAAGAAGACGCCCACACCAUCAUUAUUUCUCACCUGUUUUCUUUCUUUGAUGUAUUUACUUUCUGAUGAUAUUGGAACUUUGAUCAACUACUUCAGUUUCAUAACAUGGUUGUCUAUUGGGACUGCCAUAGUUGGUAUGGUUUAUCUCCGCUGGAAGAAACCAGACAUGCCUCGACCCAUCAAGGUGAACUUAAUCUUGCCCAUCAUCUUCAUUAUUGCAUGUGCCUUCCUCAUCAUUGUGGGUUUCUAUGCUGCCCCUAAAGACACUGGCAUCGGUAUUGGUAUCUUACUGACCGGUGUUCCUGUCUACUUCAUUGGAGUGUACUGGAAGAACAAACCAAAGUGGUUGAAGAAUAUGAUUGCACAAGCUACAAUCGGUUGUCAAAAGGUUAUGUUUGUAACGCUAACAGAAGAAAAGCUCAAUUGAUGAUGUUGACAUGCUUGAAGUCAUGCUGAUUGGUAUAUGUCAUAGAUUAUUUUAGAAAUAGUUUAUUUCAUAAUUUAUUGUUUUCUUUUAGGAUGUCAUAGAAUGUGAUGUGCAUUUUCCUCUGCUCUUUUUUUUGGGUCAUAUUUUCAACACAGUUUAUGGCGCCACCAAGAGUUGAUGUUUAGGGAAUGCUUUUGUUUUUAUCUGCUGUGCACACCAAAUUGUUUUAUUUAGUUAUGUGUGUAGCAUUUUAGUCUCUUAAAUAGGACAGACUCACUCUCUUAGCUUAUCUGCCUCUGUAGAUAGAAGUUACCAUAUAAAAUGCAUGAAGUUAUUAACAAGUACACAUAUUAAAAGUUGGUGACUAUGCUUCAAUUGUGUGGAGAUUAUUAACAAUUAACAAAAAAGCUUUGAUUUGAAAAAUAAAAAUUAAUAAGCUUGCAACAAUAUUACUAGUAUUUAUGUUUGCCAGUUUAUUUAUUCUGAAUUUUGUAGAAUGAUUAACAAAAUCAUGUGCUUCCAUGUGUUCCUUUCCAACGUCACUGCCUUUGGACCAACAUUGUCGUAAACGAUUGAUACCUCAGUCUACUCUAAUUUUUAAUUCCAACUUAACUCAAUGACCAUCAAAAAUAGAUCAAAUUUUACCGAAUCCUGCCAGUAUAGUGGGUCUUUCAUGAGAUAUUGAGGCUUUUAUUCACAUCUUAACUUUUUUCAGUUUACAUGUAUAUUAUUUUAAAAGUUCUUCUAUUAUGGGACAGAUGAGUUUAGUGAGAAUCUGUUUUAAUAAUAAACAGAUUAUUUUGUUGCGAGUUUUUGUAUCCCAUAUAUGUAUGGGACAUCAAAUGUUAUAAAUGAGAAAGCUUUUUUUAAAAAAAAAAACGUAGGCAUAUCAAUAUAAUGUACUUUAUUUUCUCUUUACUACAACUUUCUUAGUGUAUGUUUUCCCAAAGUUUGUUUUUAAAUCAGUUUGUUUGUUUUUUCUAAAAUGAAAAAAAAGAAAAUCUAAUUUAAUUACAUCUACUGAUGCCAUUGUCAAUAUAUUUAUUUUUUUUUUUCCAAAUUUCUGAGAUUAAGGCAAUAUUUUAUCUAUAUACUAUUUUUUGUGUCUGUGUAUCUUAUAUUUUUCCAUCACAUUAAUGAAUUGUAUUUUUCCUUGUGGUGGGUGAUAGUCAACAAUCAAAAUAGAUGAAAUUUUACACUGAAUAUUAAUUGGCAGUUGAUAUGGAAAUAUGUGAAUUAUGGUUGUAAUGAAUUGAUUAGAAAACGUGUCAAUAAAAUCUGUUUUCAGUCUUAAA